CCUACCCCAAACUUCACGCUGUUAGACAUCUGCUUGUAAAUAUAUAGAGGAGAUAUUUGUUGAUCUUUUUCAAAUCUCACAUUAUCGGAGAAUAUAAAAUGGAACAGAGCUCCCGGAAGGAGAGACCGUCGUCGUCGUCGUCGGAGAGUUGCGCUAAUGAGUUGACCGGGUUGAAUUCUGGUGCGUCGUCUUUGAGUGUUGCGGAUUCCAAAGAUACUUUGCUGCAGGGUGGAAAUGCUACCAAGGACAAGUACACAGGAUGGACAAAUGCAAAGCACAAUGCAUUUCUGGACUGUCUUGAAGCUUCAUUUGUUAAGCAGUUACACAGAUCCAUGGCAUUGCGUGCUGGAUCUGUGGAAAUGAACCUCAGCUGUAGAAAUUUGUCAGAAGAGUUAUCUGCACAUGUCAACAAAGCUUCAAAGCAGUUACCUUUUCUGCAUCAUGGCUCUUGGAAGACAAUCAAGACUGUGAGGCAGCCACCUGUUGUGUAUAUUGCAGCUGAUUCUCAUGAUUGCUUAAAAUAUCUACGUGGUGAUGGGCAUCAUCAGGUUCUGGAUAGUCAAUUUUGUAGUGAACUCCUUUGCAAGGGGAAACGAACAAGAGAUGAGAGGUCUUCUUCAUCUUGUGAAUACAAAACAAGAUCACAUUUAAUCCCUUCCAAACCGGGAGAACUUCAGAAAACAGUUUGUAGAGUUACUGAAGGUUCAGGUCAGAAUUUCUUGGAUGAAGAUUCAGACGAGAACUCGAGAUGCAAAAAGAUGAAGACAGCUUCUGUGGACACUACAGACCAAGAGCAAGUCGUUCCAACAAGGAAUACGAGAGUUCAGGAGUUGCUAGUUCCAUGUUCCAGAGAAAUAACCAAGUAAAUCUUGGAAAUUCUUCACCAAACAAUGACGGGAGCUAGUUCUAUGUUCCAGAGUAGUGACAAAGUAAAGCUCAAAACUAAUCAGAAGACUAUGGCCAAUGUAAGACUUUUGAAAGGUAGCUGAGGGGUGGUGAAAUACUGGAGAAGGGGACUCUCAACACAAGGAGUUGGUAAUUUUCUUGUUGCUUUUCUAAAGGAGGAUGGCAAAUUUGAGAAAGGUGUACUGGAUGAAAUCAGAUUUGUUGCAGAUAGUAGAGUGUUGGCGUGUCAUUUUUUGGGUUAAAAAAUAGAGUAGGAAAAGUCUAGCGUGCAUUUGCAUAGUGUUGCGAUAUAGCAAUAAUGCUGUAAAUGACAUGUAGAUAGUUAUCCAUACAAGCGUAAGUGUUUUACACGAGAAAGAAAACAUUUGGGGGUGGGGGAGAGGGCAGGGGAACUAGAAAAUUAUCAGUAGAGAACAAAUGUCUAUAUAAACUAUUGCGCUUAAUUCUUUUGUUUGUUUUUUCUUUCUUGUCGUCCAUUUGAAGAUGGAUUUGUACUUUUCUACGUAUAUUUAGUGGAAUUCUCUCGAUCCUUUA